AUUGUCAAUCAAAAAUUCAUGGCGGAUCGACUUGCAACAAAACAUUAAAAUCGCGCUAAUUAUUAACAAAACAUCAAAUUAUCAAAACAAAAUGUCGACAGUCGUAUCUGACUGUUUCACUAUCGGCAGCAUAGUCGCUACUCGAACAUGUUAUAACGAAGAUAUUGAAGGCGAAGUAUUAGCUUUCGAUCCUCAGACUAAAAUGUUAAUUUUGAAAUGUCCCUCAUCUAGUGGAAAUCCUAAGCGCCACGACGUUAAUAUCGUCAACCUGUCGCUGGUUAGCGACGUUCAGAUCAAAAAAGAAGUGACCACUGUCCCGGAACCACCACAGUCUUUAAAUUUGCACAGACUCAACACGAGAGUUAGAAACUCCAUAGAAAACAAGAGGAGAUUAGUUUCAGCAUUACAAGCCUGUCUAGAUCCGGAGGGGCAGAGAUUGUUCCUCGCUAUCGCUAGAGUUAUAGAAGAUGUAUCGUGGUCUGGACAGAGCAUUCGUGUCUACAAUGAAGUAACAAUAACGCCCCCAUAUAAGGUUGAAAACGUAUUAGGCGAGCCAGAAUCGAAGCCAUACAAUUACAUACGGAAGUUCGUUGAACGACACUGGAGGGAUCACCGAGACCACGCCGCUGCUAACUCUUCAAGACUCCAAUAAAUAAAUAUAUACCUUCCAACUUG